ACGAACUACAGCUGCAGCUCGCAAAUGAAUAAACAUUCAUUCGUGUUAUUUAAAUCGUUUUGUUUCAGCGUAUUCGCUUACAAGCUCUGCUGCACGGCGCGUGCAAAACGUUCCUUUCUUUCGAUUUCAAUUAACCAAAGUUAAAGUGUUUGCAGUCAACGAGAAGGAAGUGUGAGAACAGUGAUGAAGAAUUGUUGAGUUUUCUUGCGUAAAAUAACAUUUUCCUUAUGUGGUAUGAGAUAAAAAAAGAAAAGGCUUCAGCAUUUGAUAUUCGUACCUUCAAAGCUGUAGGGAAGAGUUAACGUUUUCAUCGAAAGUGUAAAAGAACAGUUCAGUACUCAACCGUAGAAGAAGUUUGCUUGCAUUUGGGAUAUGGUGCGGUACGAAGAUUGUGCGCUAAAAAGCGAAUGCUUUAUACGGCACUGUGACAACCACGGUAAAGUGCAACAAUCGUAUGGGAUGCAGACAAUGACCGAUUUGUGCGUACGAAUGGUGGUGACAUAAUAAAAACACGAACAGUUUUCGCGAAUAAAAACGCAACUAAACGCGCAUUGCAACUGUGGAGAAUAGCGUGUACCUUGAAUAAAAUCGAUACCUUUAGCCAGCGAAAGCAAAGACAGCUGUUUGUACAGUAAACAAAGUGCAAAACAAUCGUAAAAAGCGAGCUUGCGUGUGCAUGUGUGCGUGUGGUGGUAAACGUGAAUCGGAAAAGUGGAUAGAAAAUCGAUUGAUGCGAUUUAUCUUUACCGGAAGAUCCAAUUGACCUUGUGCUGAGGGUUAGGAAAGGGUCAGAGGUGUAACCAGCAGAUUAAUAAGAAAAAAUGUGGUGCUUGGUGAAUCUCCCCAAUGGGACGACGUCCGGCGUACAGUGUGAUCCGAAAAGGAUCAGCCAGGAGUGUCUGGAGAAGGUGUGUGCUGAUCUAGGAAUAAUCUGCGAAACCGAUUACUUCGGGCUGAUCCCGGUACGUGAUGGCGACAGUGUGGCAGACGUGGAUGAGGUUACCGCAAAGCAAUGGAUAAACCUGCGCAAUCCGCUCCAUCUCUACACAAACGAUCGUACCCAUCCGAUCGUGUUUUCGCUUCGUGUCAAGUUUUGGGUACCGGCCCAUCUGAUACUGCAAGGCAGUGUACGAACGCUGUUCUUUAUGCAGGCACGCCAGGAACUGUUCGAUGGUCAUCUGAGACCAGCAAGCUGGGCUAAUGCGGCCUACCUGGCAGCGCUACUGUUGCAAGCCGAUGGGUUCAAGUACGAUCCGGCCAAAGUUCCGAGUGCCACCGAAAUACCUAUCGCUUCUGGCGCUAAUUCCACCACUUCAUCUCCCGAGCGACGACCAGCGCAAGGGCUGCGGCGUCCUUCGAAGCGCAAAUGUUCCGAAAUCGAAUGCAAACGUGGCAGCGUCAGCUCGCAAAGUAGUGUCAACGCUACGCCCACGGGCUUACAGGUAGAUGAUAAUGUUCCAUCAUCUGGUCAAGUUACCGGUUCCCAAUCGGUGGGCGAUGGACCCACCAACGCACCAAAGAAUAUCUAUCAUCGUUACGGUGCACUUCGGCCUGCAUUUGAAGAUACCGAUGAUGAUCGGUCGGCGGAAGUAGUUCUCAAACCGGGUAAUUUCUAUCAGCAAAUUGCUCAGGAACACGAAAAGCUGUCACGCAUCCGGAUGACACCGACAUCGGCUCAGUACUGGCUGUUGGAGGAGAUCUGCAGCCUGGUUGGCUACGGUGAGGAGAUAUUCGAAGGUGUAACGAUGGCCGAACCGGCGGUUGUAUGCAAAAUAGGCGUUAGUCCGCAUGGGCUAACGAUUGUUAAGGACGACGAAAAGUAUAGCGUUCCAUUCACCGCUGUAAAGGCGGCCAAAUCGGUUAAGCGUUCCUUUCGGUUAACGUACAUGAACGAGAACCACGAGGAGACGCACGUGGAGCUGAAGCUACCGAACCACCGGACAGCAGCUUCACUCUACCGGGCAAUCACGGAAAAGCACGUCUUCUACUCGUGCGAAACGGUGCGCCCGAUCGUAACGACGCAGUUCAUUCGCGAUCUCAAAGGCACAAUCGUGUCAAUGUUCAACGAAGAUACUGAGCUGGGGAAAAGGUACGUGUUCGACAUUCAGCGCACCUGUCGGGAGGUGUACGAUGCUGCACGGCGGACCCUACACGCACGCGGUAUCGAAAUUGCACCCAGUGCGGAUGAGCAUACGGAAACACCGGCUGCAGCUCUGGGUCGGUUAGAGGAAAGCCUCCGAACGCGGGAAGACGAAUCCGGAAAGCUUGAGAAGCUGCUAGACGAACGGAUACAGGAGGCGAUCACCUGUCCUAUCUGUGCGGAUGGUGAGAUCGAUACUACCUUCUUGCCGUGCGGUCACAUGACUGCCUGUAGAGCUUGCGCCAUACAAUGUGAUCGCUGUCCAUUGUGUCGCGCCAACAUCGAAAGUACCAGUAAAAUAUUUCUGCCUCCCUUGCUGCAGUCACGCAAGGAUGGUGCUGGUUCGAAUGCGAACCGACGAUUAUCGGAUAUCACUCCAAGCAUUGAGACGAGAGCUGCAAAAGUAGCCGUAACGCCCUUGGUACAAUAAUUCUGUAUGAAACUGCGCAUUGCGUCCCAUGCGCAAUACGUUGUAGACACACGGGGACGGAUGGAUUUGUUAGAUAAGCGAAUUGGUGAUAUUAUUUGUUAAUCGUACUGUUGUGAAUGCCCCUGUGUGGAAUGGUUUCGAGUGGAAGAUUUGAUAGGAAAAUCAACAGAAAAACAAUGCAUGCUUUAGGACAGGCGAAGAGUGAAUGGUUGUUUGGAGAUGAAAUGAUAGAAGUACGAAGUACGACAUCAGGAAAACUUAUAUAGUCAGUGAAUCAAUGCAAAUCUUUAAAAUUACCACUAGUUGCGCACCGGAAGCAGCGAGCGUAAGGCACGCACUAGAUUUUAGCUCGUAAGAUGUUAAGUUUACUAUUGCUAUACAUUGGUUAAUUUUACAAUCAGUGAUACUUUUACGUUUUUGUUUAGUACCUUUUUUGUUUUACGAAUCAGAACCAGAUUAUAGUACAGUUUCGUGCAGUGGAACGGAAGCAAAACCAGUUCACUCAUUGUAUCAGAUUCAGCAAUUCAGGAAACCGGUUGUGAGACAACGAUUUGUUGAGGUAGUAUUGAUGUGAAGUAUUUUUAUUUGUCUUUCUAAACUCACACGUACGGUAGACAUUUUACCACUUAAUCAAGUCAUGUUGCUUUCGAAGCACGAACCACCAGCCCGGUUUCCGGUUACGUUGUGUGCUAACAUAUCUAUAUCUAUACAUAUAUUUCCUGUCGAUUGCAUCAAGCACAUUGAUUACCAAGUGUAAGAUAUUAGUAGUUGUUAAUGGCCAGAUUCUUCUGAGAAGUGCAAGGCACAUCAUAAAUGGUGGCAUUCUCCAGCUUACGUCAAUACAAUAAAAAGAAAACAGUAACAAGAACAAUGGAAUUACAUGUUAUCCAACUCGUCCAAA